CCGGCGCGGGUGCUGAGCCGCCGCGUCGGACACAGCCUGGAGGCGGAGCGCGAGCAGUUCGACCGCAACCAGGCUAUGAGCAUCAGCAAAGCCAUCAACACACAGGAAGCACCAGUGAAGGAGAAGCAUGCCCGCAGGAUUAUUCUGGGGACCCACCAUGAGAAAGGCGCGUUCACGUUCUGGUCCUACGCCAUCGGCCUCCCCCUGCCCAGCAGCUCCAUCCUCAGCUGGAAGUUCUGCCACGUUCUGCACAAGGUCCUGAGAGACGGGCAUCCCAACGUUCUUCAGGACUGUCAGAGGUAUCGGAGUAACAUCCGGGAGACCGGAGACCUGUGGGGCCAUCUGCACGACAGAUACGGGCAGCUUGUGAACAUUUACACCAGACUCCUUCUCACCAAGAUCUCCUUCCACCUGAAGCACCCGGAGUUUCCACCAAACCUAGAAGUGACGGACGAGGUGCUGGAGAAGGCCGCGGGGACAGACGUGAACAACAUCUUUCAGCUCACGGUUGAGAUGUUCGAUUACAUGGACUGUGAACUCAAGCUCUCCGAGUCAGUCUUCAGGCAGCUCAACACCUCCAUGGCUGUGUCACAAAUGUCUGCCGUGCAGUGCCGCCUAGCCCCGCUCAUCCAGGCGAUCCAGGACUGCAGCCACCUCUACCAUUACACCGUCAAGCUCCUGUUCAAGCUGCACUCAUGUCUGCCAGCCGACACGCUGCAAGGCCACCGCGAUCGCUUCCACGAGCAGUUCCGCAGCCUCAAAAACUUCUUUAAAAGGGCCUCGGACAUGCUGUACUUCAAGCGCCUCAUCCAGAUCCCCCGGCUGCCAGAGAGCCCCCCUAACUUCCUGCGGGCCUCGGCGCUGGCGGAGCACGUGAAGCCCGUGGUGGUCAUCCCGGAGGAGGCCCCUGAGGAUGAGGAACCGGAGAACCUGAUCGAGAUCAACACGGCCCCUGCGGCAGAGCAGCAGGUCACGUCAGACAUAUUCGAGCAGACAUUCGGGCCCCCCAACGGUAUCCGGGAUGACAGGGAUCUCCAGAUUGAAAACCUGAAGAGGGAAGUGGAAACCCUGCGCAUGGAGCUGGAGAAGAUUAAACUGGAGGCGCAGCGGUACAUUGCGCAGCUCAAGGCCCAGGUCAACAGCCUGGAGGGUGAAGUGGAGGAGCAGCGGAAGCAGAAGCAGAAGGCUUUGGUGGACAACGAGCAGCUGCGGGACGAGCUGGAGAGGCUGCAGAAAGCCAAGCUGGACAGUGACCGAACACAGAGGCUGUACGUCGAGGCCGAAAAGAAGGCCGGUGCCACCGAGAUCCGCUACACCAAGCUGAAGGAGAAGCACAGCGAGCUCAUCAACACGCAUGCUGAGCUCCUGAGAAAGAAUGCAGACACAGCCAAGCAGCUGACAGUCACCCAGCAGAGCCAGGAGGAGGUGGCGCGCAUCAAGGAGCAACUAGCUUUCCAGAUUGAGCAGGUCAAGCGGGAGGCAGAGAUGAAGCUGGAGGACCAGACCCUGCAGAUGGAGCAGCUGAAGAGAGAGCUGGAGACCAAGAAGGAGGAGCUGAUGCAGUCACAACAGUCUCUCAGCCACUCCAAGGAUACGGGCUCCGAGCUGAGCUCGCGGCUGGAAGCUCUGCACGCCGAGAAGGACUCGCUGAGGAAGGCGGUGAGCGAGCAGGAGCAGGAGCUGCUGUCCACGAAGGGCCUGAUCGAGGAGAAGGAGCUGCUGUGGCACCAGGAGGCCGAGAAGAGUGCGAAGGAGAUCGGGGAGCUGCGGGGGAAGCUGGUGGACAAGGAGAGCCAGGAGCAGAGCCUGCGGCAGAAGCUGCUGGACGACCAGUUUGGCAUCCUGCAAGGGACAGUGCAAGAGGCAGAGAACAUCAUCCAGGAUGCGGUGGCUAAGCUAGACGACCCCCUGCACGUCCGAUGCACUGGCUCCCCAGAUUAUCUUGUCAGUCGAGCUCAGGCGGCGCUGGAGUCUGUGAACACCUUGGAGAACGGGCAUGCGCGGUACCUGGUCGCCAUGACAGAUGCCACUGGCUUGGUGGGGGCCUUGGCCCAGUUCGCGCACCUGACAGCGGACGCCAUUGUCAGCGGCAGCGCUACGUCGCACACGGCGCCCACGGACCACGCCGACAAGCUGACGGACGCCUGCAGGGACUGCGGGCAGCGCAGCCUGGACUACCUGAGUGAGCUGAAGGACCGGCAGUCGCUGAGGCAGGCGGACACGGUGGACGUGAGGAGGACGCUGCAGGGCAUCCUGCAGCUGGGCCAGGAGCUGAGACCCAAAAGCCUGGACAUCAAGCAGGAAGAGCUGGGCGAUGCGGUCGAGAAGGAAAUGGCCUCCACCUCGGCGGCGAUUGAAGAUGCUGUCAGGAGGAUAGAGGAGAUGAUGAACCAGGCCAGAAACAAGAGCUCUGGUGUUAAACUGGAGGUGAACGAAAGAAUCUUAAACUCCUGCACAGACCUCAUGAAGGCCAUCCGGCUCCUGGUGCUGACCUCUACCCAGCUGCAAAAGGAGAUUGUGGAGAGCGGCAGGGGAGCAGCAACCAGCCAGGAAUUUUACGCCAAGAACUCCCGCUGGACCGAGGGCCUGAUCUCCGCCUCCAAAGCCGUGGGCUGGGGGGCCACGCAGCUCGUGGAAUCUGCAGAUCGCGUGGUCCUGCACACAGGCAAAUACGAAGAGCUCAUUGUCUGCUCCCAUGAGAUUGCAGCCAGCACAGCCCAGCUGGUGGCGGCCUCCAAGGUCAAGGCUGACAAGAACAGCAGGAACCUGACCAGGCUGCAAGAGUGCUCCCGCAGCGUCAACGAGAUGGCUGCCAACGUCGUGGCUUCCACCAAGUCAGGCCAAGAGCAGAUUGAGGACAAAGAUACCAUGGAUUUCUCUGGCAUGUCACUCAUCAAGCUAAAGAAGGAAGAGAUGGAGACUCAGGUGAAGGUGCUGGAGCUGGAGAAGAUGCUGGAGAACGAGCGCAUUCGCCUCGGGGAGCUGCGGAAGAAGCACUAUGCGCUGGCCGGGGUGUACGACGACACAGACAGCAGUGGGGCCAAGCUGGCCUCGGCUCCCAGGCGCAGCAUCCUGAAGAAGCCACCACUGGCUCAGAAGCCGGCCCGCCUGCUCAAACAGGACGGCGAGCUGAACCCAGAUGACACCAUCUUCGAGGCUCGAGUGAUAAACUUCUAGGACAGUACAGCGGCUGUGCGCACACUACAGGACGACAAGAAACAGGCCGCCGGCUUCGCCUCCACCCUGCUGCACACUGUCCUGGCAGGGACUGAGGGUCUGAUGGUGCAGACAAGAGCUUCCCUCUGUCAAGGAAGUCGGGGCCUCACUUCCCAGACCGCGGUGCCUUUCUCCGUGGCUUACCUCUGCGGUCCGAACACGCGCAGAGCAGAUCAGUGCUCUCGUGGCCUUCAGGCUGGCACACCUGUGUCGGCCAGACCUUGCCACUCACUGCCUCGUGUGACCCAUGCGAUCUCUACCCUACCUGCUGCUCUGGUUUCCACUGUUGCUGCAGCGAGGCUGAGAAGCCGUUGUGGCAGCGUGCUUUGGCCCAACACUCUCAUCAGCAAUAGACAGGGCCGUUAACUCCGGGCCUCCUAUUCCAGCCCUUUCCAGACAAUGUGAAGUGUUUGUACUCCAGGGGACUGACCUUCUCCCAACUUGUGUUUUCUACAGCCCUGCAGGUGGAAGGGAAGUGUCUGUGCGUGGGGUCGGCUCUUGCCGAGGGGCUCCUUACCUUUACACACCUGGUGUUUUUAAUGGUCUCGGGGAUGGGGGCUUCCAAGUGGAGGGAGCGACUGGCGCGCCCCCACUGGCAAUAAAGAUACAAGAUUAAGACAUUUUAAAUAAAAACUAGACAGCUGCAAAUCA